ACUGGAGAGAAACCAUACAGCUGUGACCAAUGUGAGAAAACAUUUUUGCGCUGCAGUGCCCUCAAAGCCCAUCAACGCAUUCACACUGAAGGGGAACUGUCCAGUUUUUUCCAAAGUGGGAAGGAUUUCACAGAGUCAGGGACCUCAAAAAAACAAGACAUUGACACAGCAGAGAAACUGUUUAGCUGUGAUCAAUGUGUUAAAGCUUUCACCACUCUACGUAUCUUAAAAUGUCACCAUUGUGUUCACACUGCAGAGAAGUUGCACUGCUGUUACCAAUGUGGGAAAACUUUUUCGCAACGCAUGUCCCUUGAAAUUCACCAAAGAAUUCACACUGGAGAGAAACCGUACAGCUGUGAUCAAUGUGGCAAAGCUUUCAAAUGGUCAAGUAACUUGAAAGACCAUCAACGCAGUCACAGAGGAGAGAAACCAUACAGCUGUGAUCAAUGUGGCAAAACUUUCACACAGUUAAGUAACUUGAAAACCCAUCAACGCAGACACACAGGAGAGAAGCCAUACAGCUGUGAUCAGUGCAAUAAAGCAUUCACACAGUUAGGUAACUUGAAAGCCCAUCAACGCAGUCACACAGGAGAGAAACCAUACAGCUGUGAUCAAUGUGGCAAAACUUUCACACAUUUAAGUAACUUGAAAUCUCAUCAACGCAGUCACACUGGAGAGAAGCCAUAUGGGUGCGACCAAUGUGGGAAAAAGUUUUCCCAAAUCAGAACCUUAAUAUCUCACAAAAGUAUUCACACUGGUGCGAAACGAUACAGGUGUGAUCAAUGUGGCAAAGCCUUUGCACUGUCAGCGACCUUAAAAUGCCACCAACGUAUUCACACAGGAGAGAAACCGUACAGCUGUGAUCAAUGUGGCAAAGCCUUUGCACAGUUAGGGGCCUUAAAAAGCCACAAACGUAUUCACACAGGAGAAAAAUUGUACAGCUGUGAUCAAUGUGGCAAAGCCUUUGUACAGUCAGCGACCUUAAAAAGCCACCAACGUAGUCACACAGGAGAGAAACCGUACAGCUGUGAUCAAUGUGGCAAAGCCUUUGCACUGUCAUGGGCCUUAAAAAGCCACCAACGUAUUCACACAGGAGAGAAACCGUACUGGUGUGAUCAAUGUGGAAGAUUAUUUGCCUGGUGCACUCAAUUGAGAACCCACCAAUGCCGGCAUGCAGGAGAGAACCCAUACAGCUGUGACUAGUGUGAGAAAGCUUUUAUUGAAUGGUAUGACCUAAAAAUCCACCAACAUGUUCACACCAGAGAGAACCUGUCCUGAUGUGACCGAUGUUGGUAGUGACAUUAAAGCCCACAAAUGUGUUUACCCUGCAUUGUUUUGGACAUUUUCAGGGCCAGGCAAACAUCUUCCUACUGCUUCCUCCCCAUGCCCUGAUAGCUGUGUUGAUAUCUUACUUUUGUCAUUGAUUAUUUUAUCUGUUUUUUUUAUUUCAACUGUAACCCUAUGUUGGGCCACCAGAUUCCUCCCUGUAGGACUCCCAUGUGUGAGAGCUGAACACAAACUUUUCAAAAUCAAUCAUGCAACUGUCCGGGGCAAUGUUGCGGCUCACAGUGCACCCGACCCUGAAGCGUAUCUCUGCGACUGGUGAGCCCACAGGAUGGUGACUCCAUGUUGAUCUUUGGGACUGUGCCCCACCGAGCCCCAUGAGUCAAGUCCAUGUAUAUAUAUAUAUAGGCUGAUUGACUGAAUAAGUAUGUGAAAACUGAUAUUGUUGCCUCUUACCAUGGCUGUGAUCAAAGUAUUUGCAUCAGCCUGAGACCUCUAUCACAGACAGGCUCUGCAAUCUCAGACGCUGACUCAACAUGCUGAAUGAAAUGUUUAGUGACUUGACUGAGUUUUGGUCCCAUGUGCAGCUUCCCUGUCUAGCCUGCCUCCAGAAGGGGGCUGUUUCUGUUGUCAUGGCGAGGUGCUGCAGGUCUGAUCCAUCAGGGUCUGUUGACUCACUGUUAGUCUGGCCCCUCCCCUUGGACCACUUUGCCUCUCAAGACCCGACCAGGAGCAACGGCUGGGACACCACAGCUCCCAGUAUCACAGGGACAUGAAAACUCCUCCACAGUGUUCAGGUUUCCAGCUCAGACUGUUUGGUCCUGUUGAUGACAUCAGGACACCAAAGUCUUCUGAGCUCUGAGCAUCAUCAACAACUUAAAUAUCAGAUUAAUAUGAUGUAUGUUAUCAUGUGUAACAUAUUUAAUGUCUUAUCCAGUGAGUUGCAUGUGUCCUGUGUUUGUCCACAUGUAGAAGACAGCUGAGUUUUUCUUCCUGAGCAGGGCGGAGCUCUUCUUCUUUUUGACUCUUGUUGGAGGUACAGAGACAGAAGAUGAGUUGAAGCCUGUUUGUUUCUGUGUGGAGGAUUGUAAUGUUCAUAUCAUCAGAUGAGUUCAGCCUUUAAUAAAAAUAGUUUGUAGACUC